AUUUUCGAGUCUGUCGCCGCGUUUGCGAUUGUAUCGAUCGAUGUCUGGCGUCGGUGUAAACAACGCACCGAAAUGCCGAAGAUAUGUAUGUUCUAAUUUCGUCGUCAUUUUCCGGCGAAGAAAUUUGUACGUUUGCACGCUUGCUUGCAUCUACUUUGUAUCCGCACCGAGUCACCAUACUGCCACGUCGCAGUGACUUCGUGUCGCUCAAGUCACAUAAAAGCGUGAAAAUUUUCAAAGCGUUUUUUAAUUUUGGCAAGCAAAUUACCGAUAAUUCUGGUAUGGUGUCAUGAUUUAUUUUUUUGAAUUUUUUCGUAUAAAAGUUUUGCCAGAAAACUUCUAAAUCGGCCUAUAGUUUUCAAUUUCAGUUUGAAUAAUUGUGUCAGGUUUGCUUCCUGCGCAGUAAUUUGUGAUCAGCAGCGCUGUCGGUCUGUUUUGGUUGCAUUGUAUUGUGCAUCUCACCGUGCUGCAACACCGCAGCAAUUGCUUAAAAUUAAUUGUUAGAAGUUCUGCAACAACUUUGGCAUUCCUCUCCCGUGUUCUAAGACGCGCUAUGAUUCCCAAAAUGUUAGACCGUCCGUGUGACGUUAUCUGCCUGUUCGACGUGGACGGGACACUGACGAAGCCGCGCAAUUGCAUUACGGCGACGACGAAGAACUUCCUGGAGAAUCUGCAGCAGAAAGUGCACGUAGGUUUAGUUGGAGGCUCCGAUCUGGCCAAGAUCGCCGAACAGAUGGGUGGAAUGGAGGAAGCCAUGCGCUUCGAUUACUGCUUUUCCGAGAACGGCCUCGUGGCCUUCAAGAAUGGCCAACUCAUCCACGAAGAAUCCCUGCAGAAACACUUUGGCGAAGAAGUACUGCAGGACUUUAUCAACUAUGCACUGGCGUAUCUUUCUAAAAUCCGUCUGCCACUCAAGCGCGGAACAUUCAUCGAAUUCCGCAAAGGCAUGCUGAAUGUGUGCCCUGUAGGGCGUUCCUGUUCACAGGCGGAACGGGAUGCAUUUGUGGAGUACGACAAGGAGCACAAGAUACGACAGACCAUGAUUGAUGACUUCCGUGCGAAAUUUUCUGAUUUGGGAUUGGUGUUCAGUAUCGGUGGACAAAUCAGUAUCGACGUGUUUCCCAAGGGUUGGGAUAAGACGUACUGUUUGCGGCAUUUGGAAAAGGACGGAUUCAAGAUCAUCCACUUUUUUGGCGAUAAAACCAUGCCUGGAGGAAAUGACCAUGAGAUUUUUGAAGAUGCGAGGACGGUGGGGCAUACGGUGACGUCGCCGGAAGACACUGUCAAGCAGGUGUCGCAACUUUUCGGAUAAAUUGAUGUGCUAAUGAUUUUCAUGGCAUUCCUUCCGCUGUUAUUUAAGUUGUUCUGCAGACGUCAGCGUGACAAAAGUUACAUUUUAUAUUGUUUUUCGCAAUUUUUUCCUUCGCAGCAGAGUGCCUUUGCACAAAAAAUUUUAAUAAAUAACGUACUGUA